AUGACCGGACUCAUCUCGCCCGAAAACGUCGUCCAAUUCCGCGCCAUACCAUACGCUACAAUCCCCGCCCGUUUCGCGCGCUCAAUUCUCAAAACUGACUUAGACGGCACCCAAGACUUCACCAAGCACGGCGGCGGCCCACUCCCUGGGGACAUCAUCCCCCCCGCAUCCUCCGAAAGCGCCUGCCUGAUCCUGCAACUCGCCAUUCCCCUCGCCCUCCUCCAAGACCCCGACCACGCCUCCAAACUCCCUGUACUCGUUUACUUCCACGGCGGCGGCUUUGUGCUCGGCGGUCUGUCUCCCUCACUCUCCAUCUCUCUUCACAAGCUGACCCUCUCACAGGCAUCGACGAACAACACAACACCGCGCUGCUAA